GAGCCCUAAACGUGUAAACUAAAAACCCUGCCGCCCGCCUCUUCUGAGUCUUCUCUUUCCCUCACACUUCUUUAGCGAAAUGGGAUCCUCCGUCAGCCUUGCCGCCGCCCCGCCACCUCCCGUCGCUCCCCCUCCGGCCCUCCCCGUCGGCCUUGCUCAGGUUCUUCCUCAGAAGGCGGAGGAGAAGGGCGACGGCAAAGCUGCGCCGGAGAAGGUCGACUGGCUCGAUCUGCCCUGCCCCGUUCCGUACGAGGAGCUCCAGCGUGAGGCUUUGAUGUCCUUGAAGCCAGAGCUCUUUGAAGGAUUGCGGUUUGAUUUUAUGAAAAUGCUAAACCAGAGAUUUGCUCUCAGCCACAGUGUUUACAUGGGAUCCAUGGAGGUCCCUUCACAGUCAUCUGAUGUAAUUAAAGUUCCUUCUUCACACUAUGAGUUUGGGGCAAAUUUUCUGGAUCCAAAGUUGAUGCUUAUUGGAAGGGUAUUGACUGAUGGAAGGAUGAAUGCACGAGUCAAAUGCGAUUUAACUGAUAAUCUUGCUUUGAAGAUACAUGCUCAGCUGACAAAUGAACCACAUUUCUCCCAAGGAAUGUUUCAAUUUGAUUAUAAAGGAAAGGAUUACAGGUCUCAGUUCCAAAUAGGAAACAAUGCUUUCUAUGGUGCCAAUUAUAUUCAGAGUGUCUCACCUCAUCUGUCACUUGGAGGUGAAAUCUUUUGGAUUGGUCACCAAAGGAAGUCUGGUGUUGGUUUUGCUGCUCGAUAUAACACAGAUAAAAUGGUUGCGACUGCACAAGUUGCUAGUACUGGAAUUGUUGGACUAAGUUAUGUUCAAAAAGUAUCUGAGAAGGUUAGUCUUGCAUCUGAUUUCAUGUACAAUCAGAUGUCCCGAGAUGUUACUUCAACGUUUGGUUAUGAUUACAUCCUUCGUCAGUGCCGCUUACGGGGAAAAAUUGAUACCAACGGUGUGGUGGGUGCACUUCUAGAGGAGCGUCUUAAUAUGGGGGUCACUUUGCUUCUUUCUGCCGAGAUUGAUCACGGGAAGAAAGAUUACAAAUUUGGGUUUGGUUUGACCGUUGGAGAGUGAGGCUGCUUGUAAAAUUUUUCAAAAAUAUUUCCUGGUGCUUCUUCCACCGGGUCAUUCAAUUUGGUGGCUCGUCAAGAAAAAGGGUUUUCCCUUGUAGGCUUAUAUCUUGGAACCAAUCUAUGACUCGGAACAGCUGAGCCCGGAUAGGAAGAAAGGUUCUCUUUUUUUUGUUCCCUCGUUUCUCCUUUUUCUUGAGUAAAUUUAUAACAGCAGAUUGCUGAAGGAUUCAGUUGAUUUCAUAAUUGGGCGUUAGAGGGCCAUGUUUUUAUUUUUGUUCAUCAUUGAUGGAACAAGUCCUUGUUGUUUGAUCUCGACCAAUGUGUCUGAUUGUGCUUCAGUAGGGCUGAUACAAAAAUACGUAUCAGGAAACCAUGAAAGGAUCUUUUUCUCCUUUUUCUCAUUAAAGAUAUUGCAAAUACCGAAUUUUAAUUCC